UACAUUACCGUUGCAUUCACCCUCACUUCACUUCAUUCGCCGAAUGGUACGACUCAGUGCCGGUCGAUUCUUUUUUAAUACGUGUGCUUCGCUAAUCCGUAGAAGUGCCACCGCCAGAAUGGGUGAAGCUCAGGGAUUGACGGACAAGGAAGCGAAGGAGCUGCUGAAACUUCCCGAUGUCGAGACGAAGGACUUCCUCUUCCAGCAAACAAUGUACCGAAUCAAGGAUCCCCGUGCGUCCCUUCCCUUCUACAAUGAAGUCUUGGGAAUGAACUUGCUGUGCAAAUUGGAUUUCCCGGAAGCCCAGUUCUCGCUGUACUUCAUGGGCUACGAAGACAUUGGCAAACAGCCCGCCGAUCGGAAGGAAUGCAUUAAAUGGGCCAUGAGUCGGAAAGCCACUCUGGAGUUGACGCACAACUGGGGCACGGAAUCGGAUCCGGACCAGAAGUACCACAACGGAAACGCUGAACCACGGGGCUACGGCCACAUCGGAAUCAUGGUGCCGGAUGUGACGAAGGCAUGCGAACGGUUCGAUCGGCUCGGUGUGGAAUACGUGAAGCGUCCCGAGGAUGGCCGCAUGAAGGGGCUGGCCUUCAUUAAGGAUCCGGACGGCUAUUGGAUCGAGAUCUUCAAUGCUUCCACGGUGGCCUAGAUGUAGAUGAGCUUUUUUUUUGGAGGGAGAGAAAGUGCUUUUCUUGUUGUGGGGGAAAUGAUGAAGGUUCAGGACGAGGCAACUCUUGUUUUGCAUUGUUUCCAUUUGGGUAUACGCGUUGAAGAAAUUAUUGCCUUAUAUUUAUUCGUUUUUGUCAUGAUUUUGAUUACAGUAUAUAAUAAAUCG